AUGGGCCUUUUCGGCAUGGCGGCGAGCUAUCUCGCCUUUUCCGUACUGCACUUCUUCCAGUUCGUUCUGGCCGUGACCGUCUGCGGCCUUUAUGCCGUCGACCUCAACCACGCUAGGAGCGAGGGUAGCUAUACCGACGGGAAAUGGGUUUUUGCAGUGGUUGUCGGCGCCCUCUCCGCCGUUACGGCUUUGCUGUACUUUAUCCCCUUCAUCUUGCGCUUCGCCAUUGUAUGGAUUUGGGAUGUCAUCCUAUUCAUCCUGUGGAUCGCCGUAUUUGGUCUCUUUGGUAGUAUGUACAUCAAGGAGAAUGCUGAGGGCGACAAUGGGAUUCAGCGGAUGAAGAACGCUGUCUGGGUGGACUUGGCCAACGCCCUCCUCUGGCUCAUCAGUGCCCUGGCCACCGCUGCCUACUGGUGGAGACAUCGUGAGCGCCGCACUCGAUUCACAGGCCGUGGAAAGGUCUAG